AUGUCCGACCACGACGAACGAACUCGACUGAUCUCGCAGGAAGCUUCGCGAGUCACCGAAAGGUUUAUGAGCACGAUUGACAGAAACAUAACAGCAUCCGGGUUAGAGGCCCCCACUUUCCCUUCUCGCGACUCCGUAGUGGAGAAAAUCGCAGAUUGGGUGCAGACUGCGAUUGAGGCCGAAGUGAACGAAGAGCAUGACGAGAAUCGGACGCUAGAGAACUCCCUCAAAGAUGUGGACGUUCGAGCGAAGAGGAUUGGAAUAUCCCAGUCAGGUGAGGUGCUUGUGUGGAACGCGAAGGUCGAUGGCGAUGGAUGGUCAACUGUCACCAAAGCGGCCCUUAUAGAGAUGCCCCAAGCAUAUGUUGGCGUGACCUUCUUGGAUUGA